AUGAGGGGAGGGAUCUGCUCUGUGUUUUUCCUGGUGAUUGGGGUGACCUUGCUCAGUAGCCAUGACUGCCUGGGUGAACACAAGUCUUUGGAAAGGCCCAGGCCUCCACACCUCAUCUUUAUCAUGGUGGAUGACCAGGGUUAUGGAGACAUUGGCUACCACGGCUCAGACAUCCACACUCCUGUGUUGGACCGACUGGCAGCAGAGGGGGUCAAACUUGAAAAUUAUUACGUCCAGCCUAUCUGCUCACCUUCACGCAGUCAACUCAUGACAGGGCUCUACCAAAUUCACACUGGACUACAGCAUUCAAUCAUCCGACCACGUCAACCCCUUUGCCUGCCUCCAGACAUUCCCACCCUACCAGAGCGUCUGGUUGAAGCUGGAUAUGCCACACACAUGGUGGGGAAAUGGCACCUGGGCUUCUGUAGACCAAGCUGCCUACCAACAGGACGUGGCUUUCAGAGUUUCCUGGGCACACUAACUGGCAGUGGAGACCACUUCUCCUAUAAGAGCUGUGACGGGGCUGAAGCUUGUGGAUUUGACCUGCAUGACGGAGACAGGGCUGCCUGGGAGAUAACCGGCAACUACUCCACUCUGCUCUACAUAGAGAGAGUGAAGCAGAUCCUGAGGAGCCACGACCCCCAAAAACCACUCUUCCUGUAUCUGUCCCUUCAGGCUCCCCAUUCACCCUUGCAGGUACCAGACCAUUUUCUCCAUCACUGUUCCCAAGGUAAUCGUCUUAGGCGCCACUAUGCAGCCAUGCUGAGCUGCCUAGAUAACGGGGUUGGACAAGUGGUGCAGGAACUGAAGACUAGUGGGCUCUAUCAGAACUCAGUACUUAUAUACUCAUCUGAUAACGGUGGGCAACCGCUCUCUGGGGGGAGCAACUGGCCACUGAGAGGUGGCAAAGGUACCUACUGGGAAGGGGGCAUCCGGGCUGUGGGCUUUGUCCAUAGUCCCCUCCUGAAGAGGAAGGGUAUUGUCAGCAGAGCACUGAUCCAUAUUUCUGAUUGGUAUCCCACAUUACUGGGGCUGGCUGGGGCCCUGCAGUCUCAGCGUGGCCUAGACGGUCACGAUGUGUGGGGGACCAUCAGCGAGGGCUUACCCUGUCCUCGCACUGAAAUCCUUUUCAAUAUUGACCCAGUCUCCAGAAAGCCUGGGGAGCCAUAUGACAAGGCGGUACUCAAUGGCUUUGGGAUCUGGGACACAGCUGUAAGGGCAGCAAUAAGGGCUGGGGAUUGGAAGCUACUGACAGGAAAUGUGGGUGAUGGGGACUGGAUACCACCACAGGCUCUUCCCAGUGGUCCAGAACGGUGGCAGAGACUGGAGAAGCGGCGUAAUGAGCUGGGGAAGUCAGUUUGGCUGUUUAAUGUCACUUGUGACCCCUACGAGAGGUCGGACCUGGCAGAAGCUCGUCCGGAGGUAGUGAAACAUCUGCUGACCAGGCUGGCAGAGUACAACCAGACAGCUGUGAUGGCCAGGAAUCCACCAGAUGAUCCUAUGGCUGACCCUGAGCUCCAUGGAGGGGUGUGGAGCCCAUGGCUGGGCCUGGAGGGGCAGGAGGGGGAUAAUGGAGAGGAAGAUGGCAGGAAAGAAAACAGGAUGAAAAUCAAGCACUGCAAACUAUGCAAAUUAAAAGCCCUAUUCAAGAAGGUGGGGUCACGCCUGCAGAGGAACACCUUGUUCUUCUAAAUGUCUCAUCUAGAAACAUUAAUUGGACUAAAGGGUUCAGUAUGCUUCAAAUGAACUAGGUUGUACUAAGUGUCGCCUGAACACAUCUGUAGUCAAAAGUGUUAAUACCUGACCCACAUAGCCGUCAAGACUCAUGAAGUGAGACGCGAUUAAUCAUCAAACAAAUAGGGACAACGGCUCGCAGAGUGUUCUUGGAUGCCCACGAAAAGUAACAGAAAUAGUUGUGUAUAGAAAGAAAAAAGAGCGCUUGAGAGAGAAGACAUCAUGCUUAUUGUAUUGUUGAUUUUGGAAAGUUGCGAAACCAAUGCUAACAUCAGAAAUGUGUGAGGGUUGUUGGUUUUAGACACUUGAUGAUCUGACAAGGACUUCAUUUGAAGCAUACUGACACCUUAACCAGGAGGAAGUGAAUGGGAGAGAUGAAGACAAACAAAAAUGCAGACCAGCAAACAAGCUGGCAGGUCAGAUAGACAAGAUAGAGUCAAAUAUUGAAGGUCGGCAGAUAAACAGGCAGCCUUACAGAUAAAGCAGACAGGGCUGUGCGGCUGGCUGAGCAAGCUGACUCACUCACUGUCCUGCAGCCAAACUGCAGCAGGGUGACUUUGGGCCAUCGUUGGACUACAUGGGGAGCAAUGUGUGUGUCAUAGUGCAUGUAUGCCUGUACUCAUGAAUAGUUUGAUUAAUACAGAUAGAGUGCGUGCAUCUGGAAGUAAGGCCUGAAGAGAUGUGAAGAGGAAGAAAGGCACAGACGGUGACCUCUCGAUGUCUCAUCUCCUAAUCAUCCGAGAGGAUCCUUUAAAGAUGACAAAAAGACACCCACGGGGGUUGUUUUUGUCAAAUGUCACCUUGUCCUUUUGUUCUUAGGGUUUCCACAGAUUCACUUAUGCUCAUGCUGUCGCACACUCCGCUGCCUUCAAAAGACAUCUGACCACACAAUGUUCAGCGUCUGCAGCAGUGACUAUCUAUCUAUUGACUAACUGUAAAUCUG